GCUCGCUCGCUCGCUCGCUCGUUCUCUCUCGUCUCGGAGCUCUAGGCCUCCUCUCUCGCGUGCACGCAUACUCGCGCACCGCGAAUAAUAUACGCGCCAAUAGGCAAUACGUAUACGCGCGGGAACGUCCGUCUCUCUCUCUCUCUUUCUUAUUCCGUCUCCCUCUCUUCCUACGUAAAAUCCCGCUCCAUCUCUUUCUCUUUCUCUCCCUUGCUCCGUCUUUCGCGCGCGCCUUUGACAAUCUCGUCGUCGUCGCCGCCGCCGCCGCGCUCUGUUGACACGGCGCGGAUUGCCGGGCCAUUCCCUUUCAUUUCCCACUUCGUGGGGGCCUCGUCGACGGAUCGCUUCGCCCGGCGAUCGCCGUAUGUACCGUGACAAAGCACCGCGCCUCGUCUCGCGCAUCCUCUGCCGUGCCACGUCUUCUCUCUUUCCGUCUGCCUCGACAUUCUCUUUUCCAUUUUUUCUGUCUCUCUCUGUCUCUCUCUCUCUCUCUCUCUUUUUGAUUGAAUUCUCUGUCGUGUCUCGUCUUGUACGAUCUACAGAGUCGCGCGCGCAAAACACGUCAAGUUCGACAACUGAACCAGCGGGUGUUUUAAAUUCCGAAUUUUCAAUCCGCGUUUGACAUCUUCCUCUUCCUUUCCUCGUCUUGCUCUUUCUCGCUUUCUUUCUCUUUCUCUCUCUAUCUAUCUUCCUCGAUUACGUGUGGGCGGUCGUGUCUGUGGAACGUCGUUAAUGGAGGACCGCUUCUACGGCGGUAGCUGUUCCUGCGGUGACUCUGCAACUUCGUCGCGCGAACAUCGUGAAAAUAGCGGCGCACGUCUCCGCAGCGCCGCUACGUUCUCGCUGUCCUCGUCGCCGUUGUCUUUGUGCAUCAUCCGUGUGCGCGGAUCGCACUCCGCACCGCGUAUCUCGUAUCGCAGCUACCGUCGUCGUCAUCAUCGUCAUCGUCGUCCUCGAGAAGUCGCCGUCGUCGACGUAGUCACGCGCGCCGCCCGCUGCCAUCCGCGCGCAGAACGACGGCGCCCACUCUAGGAUGUGGCGCAUCGGAGGAGAUGGAACUUAUCACCUUAAAGUGCUGGUCCCUGGUGUGGCGGCCGGGGCCAUUAUUGGGAAAGGUGGAGAUACAAUUGCUCAACUUCAAAAGGAUACAGGGGCAAGGGUGAAAAUGUCUAAAUCGCAUGAUUUCUAUCCGGGAACUACCGAGAGGGUAUGUCUGAUCACCGGCACUGUAGACGCUAUAAUGGAAGUUAUGGAGUUUAUCAUGGAUAAAAUACGCGAAAAGCCUGAUCUUACCUCGAAAACUACGGUUGACUUUGACUCUGGUAAAGCAACGGCGGAGAGAGACAAGCAGGUCAAAAUUUUAGUACCUAAUAGCACCGCGGGGAUGAUAAUAGGAAAAGCCGGGAAUUACAUUAAGCAAAUUAAGGAAGAAUCCGGAUCGUACGUCCAAAUAAGUCAGAAGGCUAAAGAUUUAUCUCUUCAAGAGCGAUGUAUAACGGUGAUCGGUGAGAAAGAGAAUAAUCACAGAGCGUUACAUAUGAUCUUAGCCAAAGUAGCGGAUGAUCCGCAAAGCGGUACCUGUCUUAAUGUCAGUUAUGCGGACGUAAGUGGUCCGGUUGCCAACUACAAUCCUACAGGCAGUCCUUACGCUCAAGCCCCCACAAGCACUCCCACGUACACAUCUACAGCUGGUUUGAAUACAGUGAGUCUCUUAAACGGUGCUGGUUUGAGUCUUAACUUGAAUCUGGGCGCGGCCAUUACAGCGGGCACGGCACCAGUGACGACGCAACUGCUGGAACAUAUAAAACUGAAUCUACGUACGACAGGUUUCUCCGAGCCCGCCGCCACGGAGAUACUCGCAGCAAUUGCAACCCUCGCCAAGUACAAUAUUCUCGGAAUGGGCAUAGGGAUGCCGUCUAGUAUGAGUUAUCUGGGCAAUCCGAUGGACAGUACAACGACUGCGAACGGCUCGAACAACAAUGGCGGUGUAUUCGGACCGAUCGGGACCGUGCCUGCACUCGGAUCUACCUCGCCGACGCCGCGCAAUACUCUCGAUCGUUACGAGCCGUUCGAUCCAUUCCGACAGAACAACACCGCCGCCAGCGCGAUACAUCUGAACAACAAUUCGUUUGGCCUGGGCACUAACCAGUUAUCACUUGUAAGUAAGAGUCCUACACAGGUAGACGCCAACAACAAGGAGACCAAGAAAGUAGACAUAGAAAUUGCAGAGGUUAUAGUGGGAGCUAUUCUGGGACCCGGUGGUCGUGCCCUCAUUGAGAUUCAGCACCUAAGUGGCGCCAACAUACAAAUCUCUAAGAAGGGCAUGUUUGCCCCUGGUACCAGGAACCGCAUAGUGACUAUCACGGGUUAUCCCAAUGCAAUCAACACUGCUCAAUACUUGAUCGAGCAGAGGAUCAGUGAAGAGGAGGCAAAGCGAGCACGUCAGAAUGCCAUCGCCAAUAGAUGCAACAUCCGAACGAGGAGGAGAGAGAAGGAGAAGAAGGGAGGAAGUUUCUCUGACAAACAACUUGUAGGUAGCAGUCACGUUAAACUAGGAAUAGGAUUCUCUUUUCUUUAAACAUUCCGUAGUAGAACAGAUUACGUAUAUAAGACUAGCUGUGAUGGAGCCGAGAAAGAGUAUAUUUAACAGCCGCCAGUACGCGAAAGAUGUCGAACGAACGAACGAAUUAUGUAUGUACGUUGAUAUAGAAUGUAAAAUUGUAGAAUUUAUUUGCGCAGGUAAAGUAAAGCGCUUGCGACGGCAUGCCGCAAAGUUCGGCCAAGACGAGGGGGAGAUCGAGGGAGGAUAAAGGACAGCUUCGUCAUGCAGCGCGCACGAAAAUAAAGUUAACAUGCUCGGUUAAGCGUGAUAACGGAUAUUUCGCGCGAUGACGUCCGUAUUUGUUUUUCGAUGACGACGAGAGAUCAGGAUUCAGGAUUCUCUUCCCCUAAAUGAAUGUAAACGACGCGUGGAAGACAAAUCUCCACAUGCGAUAUACUCCGGGUAAGAUUCAAACGAGAAAUACAAAAAGAAAACACGGAUUACGUAUAGAGGCCAUAGCGCGAUCAGCCAGUCUAACAUAAGUAUUCUUCUUAGUGUAAUGUUGAUUUAUAAAGAGUAUACAGCCUGUUAUAAAUUUUAAUGAUCGUAUCGAUACUAUGAUUAGAGUUUGCGACAUUGAAAGUGUUAUUUUAAAUAGCGAUUCAACGAUGUCUCUCUUUGGGAUGUGCAGUUUUAAUCGCUUAUCUGAUACAGCGAAAAAUAUCUCGGGAAUAUUUUCUCAGUUAACAACAAAGUGUGAAGUAUAGAUAUAUUUUUCAAGAUCUGAGAUUGAGAAAAGAUAAAAGAGAUCAUGGAAAGAUAAAAGAUACAAAAGAUUCUAUUUCCGACAAGAUUGUGAUUAAUGAAUCUGCUCUAUAAAAUGAUUACUCUAUAACGCUGAAAAUUGUCAUUCUUUACAGUAUCUCGAAGAUGUACACAAUUGUCAUUAAAUUAAAAUAACACUUUCGAUUAAACUUUCCUGAGAUCGUUUAAUGGCGUAUGUGCAUAUAUAUAUAUAUAUAUAUAUAUAUAUAUAUAUAUAUAUAUAUCUUCAACGUAUAUUACGUAAUACCGAAAUAUAUAAUGGUGAAAUCAACAAUUCCGCGUGCAAAGUCGUAUUCCGCAUGCGAUCAAUAUUGGAGCAAAGAUAAUCUUGUCGCAAAUAUUAGAUUUAUAAUUGAUGUAUCGCAAUAAAUUGAACGUACAUCAACAAUAGGAUGUUUUAUUGGCGACAGGAUUGUCGUGCACAAUAAUAUUAAUUCAUAUAAUCUCUUUUAACCCUUUCCGAAACGAUCCCGAAGUCGCGUAUCGGCUAUAUGAAUAAACGCUAUUAUCUUCAAUUUCUUCCUCAAGAUUUGCGUAUUCGAUUAUCAUUGAAGCAAGAUGGUAAAUGUUUUUCGAUAAAUGUUGCGAGAGAAAGAGAGAGAGAGAGAGAAAUCAGCGUAUAUUCUCUUGAAAAAGAUGUGACUCCGCGAGAUCAUGGGAACGGAGAGGGUUAAACGAUUCGCAUGUAUCAUAUCGUCAAGGAUUUUCCAAUAGGAAUGACGACGAUGCAUUCGCGCACAAGGUGGCAAAGCAGUAUUGAUCGGCCAGUCAAUGUUACCUACGAGUUGUUUAACGAGAAGACAUACCGUUGCAAUAGACCCAACAGUCGUUGCCACCAAAACCCUUUUCCCAUCCCCUUUCCUCUCCUUGUUAGAAUCUUUUAUUUUUUUCAUACAAUGCUUUGUUUUGUACAGUUUAAGAUAUAUUUCUUUGUUUCUAUUUGCUAAGACCGUGGCGUGUCGUCAGUCGAUAGGACUGUACACAGGACAGUUAGAUGCAUAGACAUGUAGCUAGUUUCUUAAAACUCUUAUGAAAUAUAAAACAAAUUAUAAAACACGAUCGAACCUGUCCGAGAUAAAAGAGGAAAGAAAGAUAAAUAUAUAAUUCUAUGUAUUUGCGUAUAUACGUGUUUACUCUCUCGUAUGCGCGUGAGAAUACUAAAGAAAAAUAUUAAGAGGGUAAGAGACAGAGAGAGAGAGAGAGAGUUGAAAUAUAUACAACCCUCGUAGAAAAAAGGGAAAGAGAGAGAAAAACCGUGAGGAAAAGAUGUAGCAUAGUAAUCAGGGAACUGUAGGAAUUGCAUUGACUCGCCUCAAUUCUAAUUACGAUUAUUGUUACAAUAACUAUUAAAUCUUCGACACUUCGUCGCCGCGCGUGAGGGUGACUCGUGUGUCACGUUACUUGGCUGUGUGUGCUAGGCUACAUCGUAAAGAUCAUGUUCCAUCGUACUUUCUCAUCGCAUUAAUCUCCAUUAAGAUCCGAUGUGAAGGGGAAAAAAAUUGAAAAAAAGAAAGAAAGAAAACGCAAAAUAGAGACAGAAAGUGAUAUUCGAAAUCGCGCCAAGAGUUUAUAAUAAUAAUAAUAAUAAUAAUAUUAAUCUGCUGCAUGUCACUCCACAUCCUUUAGUGCCAUAUCGAACCUAUCCUUCUUCUUUCCCCUCCCCUCUUCCUAAUUCAUCAGCCACCACACUUGUUAACGUUUGACAGUAGAACGUAUUGUUAAAGAUGUGUAUAUCCUGUACAACAGGCAGGCCGUUUUCAAUUAAGAGUCGGACAUUUAUUUCCCAUUAAUAUGCUAAAUAUAUAUAAUAUAUCGUUAUGGAGUAUAUAUAUUUUACGAGAUACCUCUUUAUAUACUCCUAUAUAUAUAUAUUUUUAGUUUGCAAUAAAACGGGGACUCUCGCAGCAGCCAGGAAUAUUACGAGAAUAGAAAAAAAGAGAGAGGGAUUUAACGCUUUCGCUGUAAUAGAUACUGAGCUGCAAAUUGAGAGAGAAAAAGAGAGAGAGAGUUAUUUAUAAACUUCACUUUAUAAUUUCGGCAUUGUCGCACGUGUAUGCACGUGUUUGCGUUUCCUAACUUUUUUUCUUUCACACGCGUGUGUCUUGUUCCACAGUUUGUCUUAUACGAUCGACGAUUCCACAGUUUGUGUUACACGAUCGACGAUAAUAAUUUUUAAAAAAUCAGAGAUGCAACAAUUUCUGGAGUAAUAUUGCUGCACGGUGAAUUUGAUCAAAAUUAAUCGUUACGAUUACUGACUGGAAAGAAAAAGAGAGAAUAUCGGUUUAGACGAAUUUAUAAAAAUCAGUCAAUUCAAUAAUAUUGCGCAAACGUUCUUAUAAAAAUCAUAUCGGUGAAAAGAAUUUAUAUCGAAGGUGUUUUGUACCGAGAGGCGGAUCGAGGGCCUAAUGGAUCAAUGGAUAACAAUUCAAAUAACGAUUUAAAAAAAGAGAAAAUACAAACAUAUAUAUAUAUAUAUAUAUAUAUAUAUAUAUAUAUAUAUAUGUAUGUAUGUAUAUAUUCACAAGUGUUAGCUAUUCGCGACAUAUAUUACUACAAUCAAUUAUUGUUUCAGAAAAAAUGUUGCAUUUGCCUCUAUAUUAAGAGUUUUACUUGUCUAUAAUUGUUAGUUUACUGCCACUUUUUUGCAAUCGUUCGCUAUAAUCAAAUGUUUAAAUGAUAGGGCGAAUUCGCCAAGAUAGCCAAGGAAAUCAAUGUAAAACGUAAUAUAUAUUACACUAAAGGACAUGUUACACUAAGAUAUAUCGUUAUAGAGAACGUCGCAAAAAAAAAAGAGGAAAUUAUUUAUUGCAUCGUGCAUCACAUCGAUUGACAAUAGCGGAGGCGAAGUUUUAUUAUAUAUAUGUAGUACGAAAGAUAUACAGAUUAUCGAAGAUUACAGCACACAGAAAUCAUUCGAUUAGCGACAUGAGAUAUAUUUCCCAUAUCACGAUCUUCGUUUAUCUCUAAUUCAGCAUCAUUCUCAUAAAGUAGCGCGGAAGGCCAUUUAAUAGAAAAACAGAGGGAGAGAAAGAAUAGAAUCAACUAAAGAAAGAAAGAAAAUUAAUGUAUCGAAACGCACAUAACGAAGCGACGUUACGUGUGUCCGCGCGACAAAACACACAUUCGUUACAAAAUAAUUAAGAGGGUUGUACAAAAUUGUAUGUAAUGUUAUUUUAUCGGAAGUGAGAAUAUUAUAAUAGAGUUAGACUGUUAAUAUGGUAUAUUAUUUUGGGUAAGAGCGUAUAAUGUAAGAAAGAGAGAAGAAAUAUGAAAAAAAUUACACAAGAUAUGAGAUCGUUGUUGUUGAGGUAGAAGUAGCACAUAUAGCAGCUCGGGGAUUAAAAAAAAAAAAGGAGAAUAUAAAAAAACAAAUAAAAUAAAGUAGCGACAAAGGGUGGGAGGAAGGGAGAGGAAGAGAGAGGAAACUAUUGAGUACCUUGUUGAGUAUAAGUAGUAUAUUGCUAAAAGUCGCAAGUGCACGUGGAUGCGCGUGUGCUCUCAUCCCACAUGAUCACGACUCGCUCACAUACAUACAUGCAUACACACACAUACACAGACACUGAUACCACGCAUACACGUUGUAUAAUGUCAAAAUUGCAUGCCUACACGCGAAUAGAGAAUCCUGCAGACAAACGAAACAGAGAGAACGCGCGUUUGCGCUUCACUUUCGCGAUGAGAUAAGUCUUUUUCGUGCGUCUUACUUAUGGCGUACUACGCGAAUUAUUAGAUCGAGAGAAAGAGAGAAUAGUGUUAUCUUCCAUAUAUGAUAUAUAAUAUAUAUAUACAUAUAUAUAUAUAAUCGAGAUAUAUAUGAGAGCAAGAGAGGGAGAGAGAAAGAGAGAGCAGCUGGCUGCGAAGGUACCAUAGAGAGAUUUAUUCGUCUCGCACCGAAUCACACGAUCAAGAGUAUUGUACCUUACAUUCCUUCGGCUAUAAAAUAAUUUAAGAACACAUACACACGCAACAUACACACACAUACAUACAUGCGACAGUGCGUUCUUUUCACAUCAUCAUGCGUUUUAUCGAGUUCUGAAGCGAAUUAUACCACAUACACGAUUAGACGAAAAAAAGAGAGUCCACACACAUCGUUAUACAGUUUAUGCUAUAAUUGUGCACACGAUUCAAUUUUUCUUUUUCCUUGUCUCGAACACGACACGAGAACGACGGUGCAUUACAAGCAAUGGGCAAAAUUGCGUAUUUUUUAAUAUUCCGAGGCGACUCGCCUCCGCGAAGAGAGGGAGAGAAAAAAAAAUAUAGGAAAAAAGGGUAUUGCGUUAUUCAACUUCUUAGUAGACAGAGGGAGAGAGCUAUAAAAUUAUUGAUAUUUACGCUAAGUUAGUGGUAAAAGUAGUCGUAACUCUUCGGAAGGUACGGAUAUUUAGGCAAGUAAGCAAGGACCCGACAAAGCGAAUACAAGCGAAAAGAUUGUAAUCGUCGAGAUAAUGGCGAGAAGAGAGAAUAUCGUUCGCGGUAUCGUUGAUCUUGAUAUUUCGCAGCGAUUGUUUUGCAAAUUAAGAAAUUUGAAAAAGAACAAGACAUAUAUAAUUAUCAAAUAUUUUUAUAUUUAAUGCAUAUUAUUAUAAUUCAAAAAUCAAUUCAAUCAUUCGAUAGUUUUUUUAACGAUAAAUCGUAUAUACUUACGACAUUGCACGAUGUUAAGAAAUGUCAUCGAACAAAAAAAUGAUAUAUUUAUAAUUUCUAAUUAAGCGAGAAAAGAAUGCGAUGCCAAGAACACACGAGCAUUGACAACCUAGUAUACGAAAGCGAAUCAUUUUCGAGAAAUAACUUUCAUAAAUUCCUUUCGGUAUUUCUAUUCAUGGUAAAGAAAAUAUCGUAAAGUUUAUCGGUGAAAUGUCAAUUAAUUAUCAACAGCCGUGUUUCUUGGCAUUACAUCACAAUCUGAAUAUUAUUCUACCUGAAAAAUGAUCGUGUAAUGCUCGAAAGUUAUCGAUCUAAAAAAUUGCAAAUAAUUGCAAUACUGUUCAGUUGGUUAUCAAUAAUAUUCAAUGAUCGACGAUAUCGACGAUAUGAUCGCAUGAAAUAUCUCGGGAAGAUAUAUUACGGCAAAGAGCUAUGUGUGUAAGGGACUAUAUACGCGACGAUGAAAAGACGGCAAAUCGAGACGCAAUUUUGUCAAAUGAACUUGAUAAGAGCAUAUUCGUACAACUCGUAAGGCUUACAGAGAAUUCUCUAUUUAUUGAUUGACCGCGAGAAACGAUGAUUUUACUUAUGCACUUUCGCGAUCAUCGACGAGGUUUAAUUAAUUGCUCUUUGAUCCCGACACGUGACCUCUCUUUUAAUGGGCACCACUAUUAUUGUUAUCGAUGAAGUAUAUAAUUUAGUUCACACACACGAGCAUUCUUUCCGAAGGGCUAAUCUUAUAAUAUUAUUACUUUACACUCUAACCACAUUUAUUUGCAUCCAUAAAUUGUUAUUCUUUCAUCAUCUCUCAAUUUAUCUCCAUUCAAUGUUGAAUAAUUAUAUAAAAGUAAAAAAAAAGCAAACAAACAAACAUAAUAUAUUAACUAUUUUCACUCAUUGAGAAGCAUCGUUACCUGUAUGACAAGUGACCAUAAUAAGAGCAUAAUAAACAAUCGCUCAUUAAAUGCA